AUGUCGCUGCACCUCUCACACGUGGAGACGCAAAAUGAAGCAAGCUUGGGUAUCCUGACGCCCAAUUCUGCCGGUGACUUCCGCACCCUGCCAACCAGUGCAUGGUAUCGUUUGUACCAAAGAUUCAAGCCAACACUGCUCUCGCAGAGUCUUCCACACAUGAGCAACGCAGGCAAUGUACCCCAUGCUGAUUUCGAUGCUUGCGAUUUCCGCAUCCUGCCGACCAAUGCAUGGCAUUGUCUGUACCAAAGAUUCAAGCCAACACUGCUCUCGCAGAGUCUCCCCAGCACGAGCACAGCAGGAAAUGUACAAGUAAAUGUACCCAAUGCAGACUUCCAGGCCUGCGACUUCCGUACCCUGCCAGCAAGCGCAUGGCGCCGUUUGCACCAGGCCUUCCCAGAAGCAUCUCCGCAUGAAAGGGUGCCAGCAGCUCCCCCUUCUUUUCCACUUCGCCCGGCUCCUCACGAAUUGGAAGAGCGUAGAGAGAGUGAGGAGGAGACCGAGGAGGAAACCGACGAUGAAGUGGAACAGCAUGCCCAUCCAGAGCUAGGCCUCAGGCGAAGCUCCCAACCCACAGACCCUUGGAGGCCUUUGCUGCACUGGCUCUGCUUGGUCAUCGAGGAUCGACUGAAGGCGCCGUUGCCCCCUGCACAAGAACGGCAAGUUCGAGGUCUCCUCCCUACAGGCGGCCUGGUCUCCGAGAAGCUGUCUGUUAAUGACCUGUCUGACGGCCGAUUGCUAUGUGCCCUGAUGGUUUCAGUGCGCCCGGAUCUGCUCCCCAAGGCCAAUGCGGUGUCGCUCGGCCGCGUGGCGCAGUUCCUCAAGGCUUGUGCGGCCUUGGGCAUCAGCAAGGUCUCCUUGUUCACCCCCCCCGACCUGCUGCCAGAACCCAGCAAUCCGACGGCGGUGCUUCGCUGCCUUCAGGCGCUUGCUGCUGUUCUACAGGUGUCCAAUGGUUGGACGGGCCCCCGGCUAGAAGGUGCUUCGCGGAAGUGA